AUGGCUCCAAGAACUCCUACAGACGUCAAUUACGCGGUUCUCAGGCGCUACUUACCUCGCCUACACGAAAUCCUUACCAUUGCUACCUAUGCACACAUAUACAUCUGGUCAUCAACCUCAAAUUCAUGGAGCAAAGCUGGUUUCGAAGGCUCUCUAUUCCUCGUCUCCCUCAACCCCCCACUACCGACUCCCGAAGACCCAAUACCUAAAACUGAGGAAUACAUGCUAUUCCUCCUAAAUCGUUGCAGUCUCAACAACUGGCACUAUAAACUCCGAGACCCUGAUGAUAUCGAUCUAGAGAGCGGAGAGAUUUGUGUUCUCCGGGCAAAUGAGCCUAUACAACGCGAUAAUGGGGCAGCCGCGAACGGGAACGGAAGCGGGUCGGGUACAGAGGAUGAGGUGGCAUAUGGACUCUUUAUUUUCUCAGAAUCGGGCACAAGUACGGCGGAAGACAAAGAAAAGUUUCUAAAAAUGACGAAGGAAUGUGCAACUACGUUUCAGGCGACUAGUGCUGCUGCUGCAAUACCCACGCCUGUACCGCAGCCAGAGCCACAGCAGCAGCAGACGCAGGCAGGGAGGAGCAUUUCUGUAUUAGAACUGUUUCAACAAAGGGGGAUACAACAGCUUCAAGAGCCGCUGCAGCAUCAGCAUCAGCAGUCAAUGCAACAGCAACAAGGAUAUUAUCCACAAUCAGGUUGGGGAUAUCAAGAAACGGGGUUGGGAGGACAGCAAAUUGCGCCCCAGCAAAUGCCACCACAGCACCUAGCACAGCAGCAAUGGCAGCAGCAGUGGCAGCCACAACCACAAGUAUCCUACGAGCAGCCUAUCAAUACGGGCAUGGGGCUAGUGGCGGCGGCGUCGAUCUCUUGA